UAAGUCUUAACAUUUUGCUAUAAAACUUGUUGGAGCAUUAAACCGAAAACAUAUUUCAAUAACUGUCUUACAACAGCAAACAAGAAAUUUUUAACAAACCACAACAAAAUGGCCAAAUUCAUCAUUGUAUUGUGCGCUUUCAUUGCCUGUGCUGCUGCUAAACCCGGUGUUGUAGCUCCUUUGGCUUACUCUACCCCCUUGGCCUACUCUACCCCCUUGGCCUACUCUACUCCCUUGGCUUAUUCUGCACCUUUGACUUAUGCUGCCGCCGCCCCUGUAGCUUAUGCUAAUGCUCAUUUGGAUGCCGCUUAUGCCAGCAGCCGUGUUGAUAUUAAGCAAAACUAUAAUGCUGCCGUUGUCCCUGCCACUUAUGCUGCCGCCCCUGCUGUUCAUGUAGCUACACCUUUCGCUGCUGUAGCUCCUCUUAAAUACACUGCUGCCCCCGUUUUGUUGUAAAUUUCUUGUUUGUAAUUGUUGUUAGAAAAAAAUAUUAAAUAAACUAUAAAAUCUGUG